AUGCCCCUGACGACAAUAUCCAUCCUGGCACCAUUCAGUGCCCUGAUAAUGAGCAUCGUGUUCGUCGUAUACUUCGCCAUCCGAUUUUACGUCCUGGAAGGAUUCUUGCUCAAGAGGAUAUAUGGCGCAACAUACACGACCAUGGACGAGACAGUGCGGAGGGGGUUCGUCAACCAUCACAUAGCAGGCGGCACCAAGAUUCUAAUACUCGUUGCGGCCAUCUACCCCUUCAUCUCUGUUGUUUUCGGAACAGCCACCUUCCAUACUCGCUUUUCCGGAACGACAUCGCCAGUCACGAUGGGCGACAUCCUGAUUGUCGUGUCACAGAUGCUCAUGGCAAUGUACAUUUUCGAGCUCUUCUAUCGGCCCAAGAUAUCCCCAGUCAGCGUCGGACAUCACGUGGGCACCAUCAUGAUCGGGCAGUCGGCAAUUGCAAUCAGCCUAGAUCUCAUUAGAGAGCCAGACGCUGACAUUGAGUUCUCUCUCUGCUUGGUGUGGGGUGCUUUUGAUAUCAUCGCCGAGUUCUUGCCACAUGUCACUAUCAUAUUGUAUAGAGUCUACCCUAACUCGCAUAACUUCCUCCGAAGGCUUUUCCUUGCAGCCAUGACCACAACCUUGAGCGGAACAAUAGCCGAGACAAUUGUAACGAUGUACAUGUUCGGCUCCUUAUGGAACAGAUGGACGCUGGCGUUCAAGAUCACGACUCCCAUGCUCCACAUCCUCUUCGCCGCGGCUCAGCUCUGGGGCUCGUGGAACUUCUACUGCCUCUACCACAAGCAAUGCAGACUCUUAGUCGCAGGAAGGUCCCAUGACACUCACGCGGCUGAGGAAACCAAGCCGGCAAGGGAUCAUCGCUCUGAUCCGGAGAAUCUGUGGCCCGUGGGAGAUCCUCAGAGGGUUCAGGUUGGUUAA